CUUUGCUCUCUUUUAACCGAGACUACGCAUUGCGAAUUUACUAUUUUCCAUGAUGCAUACAGAAAGAAACUAUCAUCUUCAAAAGUAUAAAUUGUUUUGCCAUUAAAUGUUACCUUAUUGGUUCAGUGAGACAAGUAACAUAGCAAAUAUUUUGAUUUUAGAUUUGAUUUUUAAGAUUCGAAAAUAAUAAAUCCCAAUGGCGGAAGUUCGUUGGAAUAUUCUUUUGAAAAUAUGAACUGUUUUUGACUGAUUGUCAACGUCCAAGUGAUUGUUGAGCAUAACUAAUAAUGGGGGCCAUAAUAUCAAGAUGGAGGAAAAAGAAAUCAACUGUGGAGGAGUUAGAAGGGCUAGAAGAGGAGAUUGAAUCCCUCCAGAAAGUUAAACAGCAAAACCUUGACCUCCAGAAGAAGAUUAUAGGCACCCUCCUUCUGUACUCUAUAGUGGGUUACAUCAUAGCAGGCUUGCUCUUUUACUUCUAUUAUAUGCCAGAGAGAUGGCAGGAUAAACUAUUGUACUCUACACCACUAUUAACAUUUCCUCUCAUAAUAUGGCUAUUAAAAAGAAUCUUCCAUUGGUAUUUUGUGAAGAGAAUCUCCAAAAAUGAAAGUGCCCUUGAAGAGUUGAAGGACAGGAAAAAACAAAUGCUUAAUGAGGUGAUGGAGAAGGAGACAUAUAAGAAAGCCAAAGAAAUACUGGAGAAGUUUGAUCCAGAGAACUACAAAAAGUUAGAACCACCUCCUGGUGCUACACCCAUGAGGACCCCUCAAGGUCAAGAAAUCCGUCAGAGAUCUGCUGCAUCCCGAGGUGCCCCAAAUGCCACUCCUUCCCAACCCCCCAAAGAUACCAAAGCCACCCCAGGGCCAAGUACAGGACCCCCAGGCACUCCAAUGUCCCAGGCCAACAUGAGCCAACAGAGGGGGCCACUGUAUGAUGCGAAGGAUACAUAUGCCUGCAAAAGGAUAUCAUGUAAAAGUCGGCCACCUGGUCCCCCCAUGCCACGUCCCAUCUUGCCACGGGAAUGUUCAACUGCAGAUAAACUCAUAGAGUACCUUCUAGGCGAUGGCCCACAGAACCGAUAUGCCCUUAUAUGCAAACAAUGUCAUUCACAUAAUGGAAUGGCACUCAAAGAAGAGUUUGAAUAUCUAAGUUUCCGAUGCUGUUACUGCUAUGUAUACAAUGCUGCAAAGAAACAGCGUCCACAAGCUCCUCAGAUUUCAAGCCCUGCCCCAAGCCAGGUCUCCGCCCCCAACCGAGGUAACUCCAUCCCCAGGGACCAACCAGGAAGUACAGAUCUGAAGGAGCAAGAUAAAGUCGAAGGUCAGGAAAGUGGGCGUGUCACACCUGAUUCUACAAGCAAAGACACCCAAGAAUCAACCGAUCAGCAAGAAGUUAAAAGUUCAUCUUGCGAUACAAACUCUAAAGUUUCUCAAGCAAUUAAAGAUAAGCGUAGCUUCUCUAGUGAUGAGUCAGAAUCCAGUGAACUAUAAACCAUGUUUGGUGUGAAAUAUAAAACAUUUAGACCCAGAUAGCCCGUGAACAUAAAUAAAUUUAGACUCUGAAACCAGACAAUAUACUAGAACAUGAACUUUGUAUCAACUCAGAAAUCAAUUGAACAUCACACUUGUAAACCAGGGGUUUCAAUAGAAUUUCUCACAACAGUCAAAAUAAAUGAAAAUCAUGAAUUUAACAUGGAAAAGUCUCUAAAACAACAAUGGAAACAACCGGUGAAAAUCGCCU